AUGCAGCUAGGAUAUGGUUGUUGGUUGCUGCUGCGCGUGCUGGAGUUUCUACAGCAGCAGAACCGCUACUAUUCUGGCGGCGGCGAUGCGGCGGUGUGGCCCCGCAGGUCUCCGUGGGUUGCAGGUGCUGCUGCUGCUGCUGCAUCUCCUGCAGCAGCAGCAGCAGCAGCAGCAGCAGCAGAAGCAUCAGCUGAUGGAGGAGACAGCCGCCGGUAUUCGGAGGUGUCUUACUUGUCUCCUUAUAUGCUGCAGACUUGGCGUCUUCUUGUUGCGUUGCUGCUGGAUCCCAGUGCUCAGCAGCAGCAGCAGCUGCAGCAGCUGCUGCAUGCGGGCUCUAACAAAGAUUUCAGUGCUUCGGUUGCUGCUGCAGUGGAGAGACAGCGGCAGCAGCGCGUGCUGCAGUGGCUGGCAGAGGAGGGGCGGCCGCUGCUGCUGAGCUUCCUACGCAGAGCUCGCUUGGCUACCCUAGCCCAGCAGCAGCAGCAGAAGCAGCAGCAGCAGCAGCUGCUGCUGCUGCUGCUGCAGCGGAACCGCGAGCUGUUUCUCUCCUGCAGCGCCAAGGCCUUGCUGGAGGCAAUGACGACCGUCGGCGAGCUGCGGCGGUUUGCUGCGCUGCUGCACCUCCUCGCCAAUGGCCAUGGUCUGGCUUCUGUGCAUCUGCUGCUGAAGGAGGGCGCGUUCUACCCGCAUAUGGCCUUGGCGAUUGCUGCUCACAUCCAGCAGCCCCUGGGCUGUCAGCUGCUUUAUGCGGAUGCCCUGCAAGCUUCAACUCUGCCGCAGCCCCCGCGAGAAGUUCGUCGGGUGUAUAGGCUGCUGGGGGGCGCACCUCCUCCUGCUUCUGCUGCUGCUGCUGCUGUUUCUGCUGCUGCUGCCGCUGCUGCUGCUGCUGCUGAGGGCCGUCCUCAUGGGCCCGCUGCCAACAAGCUGCGCUGCUCGCAAGCGGAGACACAAGACGGCGUGAGCCGAGAAGCAGUAGCAGCAGCAGCAACAGCAGCACCUGCUGCAGCAGCAGCAGCAGCAACAGGUGUUGUGGAUGCAGCAUCAGCAGCAGCAGCAGCAGCACUGGAGGAGCUGCGGCCUCCCCCGCAGGCCCCAGACGCACCCAGAGACCUCAAAAGAGCGUUGCUUUACAUGCUGGGUUUCGGGAGGGGACAGAGGUGCAGCUGCAGCAGCUGCUGGGGCUCUGCGCCGCUGCCGCUGUACGUACACCAGCAGCGGGAGGCGAGGUGUAUGCAGCAGGGACUCAAGGCGAUGCAGCAGCAGCAGCAGCAACUGCAGCAGCAGCAGCAACUGCAGCAGCAGCAGCAGCAGCACUGCCAGCAGCUGCUAAGCGAGGAACAGUUUGAUAUGCAGUUUGCACUCCUACGGCAGCAUGUGGGUCUGUCUGUGCCUUCGCUCGACUGUAUCAGCAGCUGGCGCUCCUCUCCCUUCCCCCUGGAUGCUCAGCUGCCGUGGCUGGUGGGGCUGGUGCUGUGCAUGCACUACGCAGCAGCAGCAGCAAAGCAGCAGCACCACCAGCAGCAGCAGCAGCAGCAGCAGGAGUUGGUGUGGCUGCCAGACAGACAGGGUGUAGCUGCGCUGCCCCGCAGCUCACAGCCCGUCAUCCGCAAGCUGCUGCAGCAGCAGCAGCAGCUGUCUGUUGCUUUUGCAGAGCAGCUGGAGUUCUCGGGCUUGUGGCCUGUUGCAUGCGCUGUUAUGCUGCUCAGCCCAGACAGAGCAGCAGCAGCGAGGGAGUCCAGCAAGAAGUAG